CCGCCCCGCCCCGCCCGGAGCCGAGCCGAGCCGAGCCGAGCCGCGGGCAGCAUGCGGAGCGGCGCCGCUGGAAUAACAUGCUUGGAAAUACUUGGUAGUGUUGAUCACCUGUACCCCAGUACAAGAGCUCCAGCUUAAUCCUUUUGAAACACAUCUCUUUGAAUAUGGGGGAAAUCGAUGAUGAAAAAUACAGUCAAGCUGGCCAGAUAUUUGAAAACUUUGUACAAGCAUCAACAUGCAAAGGUACCAUUCAGGCCUUUAAUAUCCUCACUCGCCAACUUGAAUUAGAUCCUUUGGACAAUAGAAACUUUUACACCAAACUUAAGUCAAGAGUGACCACGUGGAAGGCCAAAGCUUUGUGGAACAAGCUUGAUAAAAGAGCAAGUCACAAAGAGUAUAAACGUGGAAAGUCUUGUAUGAACACUAAGUGUUUAAUUAUUGGAGGUGGCCCAUGUGGCUUGCGGACUGCCAUAGAACUUGCCUUCCUGGGAGCCAAAGUUGUUGUCGUGGAGAAACGGGACACUUUUUCAAGAAACAAUGUGUUGCAUCUCUGGCCAUUUACAAUCCAUGACCUCCGGGGACUGGGAGCAAAGAAAUUUUAUGGAAAAUUCUGUGCAGGAUCAAUUGAUCACAUCAGUAUUAGACAACUUCAACUUAUCCUCUUCAAAGUUGCACUGAUACUAGGAGUUGAAAUCCAUGUGAAUCUAGAAUUCGUGAAAGUCCUGGAACCUCCUGAAGAUCAAGAAAACCAAAAGAUAGGUUGGAGGGCUGAAUUUCUCCCUGUGGAUCACCCUUUGUCAGAGUAUGAAUUUGAUGUUAUUAUUGGUGCAGAUGGCCGCAGGAACACGUUGGAAGGAUUCAGGAGGAAGGAGUUUCGUGGAAAGCUGGCUAUAGCUAUCACUGCCAAUUUUAUAAACAGAAAUACGACUGCAGAAGCCAAGGUAGAAGAAAUUAGCGGUGUUGCUUUCAUCUUCAAUCAGAAAUUCUUCCAGGACCUUAAAGAGGAAACGGGAAUUGACUUGGAGAAUAUUGUUUACUACAAAGAUAGCACUCAUUAUUUUGUGAUGACAGCAAAAAAGCAGAGUCUUUUGGACAAAGGAGUGAUUAUUAACGACUAUAUUGAUACUGAGUUGCUCCUUUGUGGGGAAAAUGUGAACCAGAGCAAUUUGCUGUCUUAUGCCAGAGAAGCUGCUGACUUUGCAACCAAUUACCAGCUGCCUUCCUUGGAUUUUGCAAUCAAUCACUACGGGCAACCAGAUGUAGCAAUGUUUGAUUUUACUUCCAUGUAUGCAUCUGAAAAUGCUGCACUAGUGAGAGAGAGGCACAGACAUCAGCUCCUGGUGGCACUUGUUGGAGACAGUUUGCUUGAGCCCUUCUGGCCUAUGGGUACUGGCUGCGCAAGAGGCUUCUUAGCUGCCUUUGAUACUGCAUGGAUGGUGCGGAGCUGGGCUCAAGGAAAACCUCCAUUAGAGAUUCUUGCUGAACGAGAGAGCAUUUAUCGACUCUUGCCUCAGACUACCCCUGAAAAUAUUAGCAAGAACUUUGACCAGUAUACCAUUGACCCAGGAACAAGAUACCCAAACUUGAACUCAAGCUGUGUUCGGCCUCACCAGGUGAGACAAUUGUAUAUUACCAAUGAGUUACAACAAUGUCCUCUUGAAAGAGUAAGCUCCAUUAGAAGAUCAGUGAAUCUCUCAAGACACGAGUCAGAUAUUCGACCUAACAAGCUAUUGACCUGGUGUCAGAAACAGACAGAAGGGUACCGAAAUGUUAAUGUUACAGACCUGACUACCUCCUGGAAAAGUGGCCUUGCAUUGUGUGCAAUUAUCCAUCAUUUCAGACCUGACCUCAUUGACUUUGAUGAUCUGAAUGAAGAGGAUGUUGUCAAAAACAACCAACUAGCGUUUGAUGUUGCUGAGCGGGAGUUUGGGAUCCCCCCUCUGACCACGGGGAAGGAGGUGGGGUCUACUGGGGAGCCUGACAAGCUCAGCAUGGUCAUGUACCUCUCCAAGUUUUACGAACUGUUCAGGGGCACACCUCUGCGGGCAGUAGAUGCUGACGACAAGCAAAAUGGAGAGAAUAAUGAUCUAUGUUCGGCAAAAUCAUCAAACUUCAUCUUUAACAAUUACAUUAAUUUGACUUUACCAAGAAAACGAGUACCAAAGGUUGAAGGGAAAACAGAAGAAAAUGAGACUAACAAAAGACGUCGAAAAGGCCUGUUUGGUAUCUUUGAGGAGGCUUCAGGCUUGUCAAGCCAAGGGACAAAUGCGGGGAAAGAACAGAGUGAUGGCAAAGAAGGAAUCAACCAGAAUAAAGUUAAGUCAAUGGCAACUCAGCUGUUGGCAAAGUUUGAAGAGAAUGCUCCAAAUACAGUUUUUCGGAGGCAGGAGCUAAUAGAUAGACCAGCCCUGCUCUCUUCUGACCCUCCUGUUAAUCCUCGCUUUGCUAAACCUAAGGAUCCAAGUCUUCUUCCACUUCAACCAAAAAGACAGUUUCAGGUGGUAGCUAGGAGUGAACAUGAGGUCAGGGAACCCACAAAGUCUUUAAAUGGUUCUGAUCAUAAGGCCAGGAGAGCAAAGACUGUACAAAAAACAGAUACCCAGCCCAGUCUGUCAGAAACCUCUGAAAAUCUCGCAUCUGCCUGUUCUGCUGCAUUUGUACUUUCUGGAGUGCUUGAGCGUCUUCAGCACCUGGAGGAAAAAAUGAAACAGAAAAGAGCUCAGACCAUAGCAAAUAGGGAAUUCCAUAAAAAGAACAUUAAAGAGAAAGCAGCACAUCUUGCCUCAAUGUUUGGAUACAUGGAAUUUCCAAAGAAUAAGCUACCUAUUAAAGGCUUAUCCCAUCCUCAGCCCCCAACUCCCUCUUGCCCUCCGCCUCAUGAUUCAGCUGCUGCCUCUACUCCAUCAUCUGUCGGUUCAGCUUUCCCUGCUGUUCCUUCUAGACAGAUAACUGUAGGAAAGGUCUCUCAUGCAGUUGGAGCUGUGGCUGAAGUUCUUGUCAAUCUGUAUGUGAAUGAUCACAGACCCAAGCCACAGCUUCCCCCCCUUGAACUGAAGCGGUCUCUGGACAGAGCUACAGGUUCUUGCCCCAUUCCUCAUUCUCCAUCUCCUGUCUCUUCUGCUCAAAGCUGUCAGGUAUUGGGAAGCAAAGGUUCUCUGCGAAAAGAAUUUCCGCAGUCUAUCGGGGGGAGUGACAUUUGUUAUUUCUGCAAAAAAAGAGUAUAUGUUAUGGAGCGGCUGAGCGCAGAAGGCCACUUCUUUCAUAGGGAGUGCUUCAAGUGUGAAAUAUGUUCUACAACACUCCGUUUAGGAAUUUAUGCCUUUGAUGUUGAAGAAGGUAAAUUUUACUGUAAACCUCAUUUUACACACUGCAAAAUCAGUUCAAAACACAGAAAGAGAAGAGCAACAUUACAGCUCCAGGGAAAGGAGGCAACAGAAGCAUGGAAGAAAGAGGAACCCAAACCUACAGAGACAGCCAUGGAAAGCACUUUGCCUACUGCUAGCAGUCCAGAGGACAGGUCCUCAGGUAUCCUGACUUCCUUCUUUAGGGACACGCUAAGCUGGCCCCUUCGGGUGACAAGGGAUCUGCUUGACAUUCCCAGACGCCUGUCUAACUGGAUGCAUGGUUUUCUGCACGCUACCAAUCUUCAUUUCAGGGACAAUGCAUAUAACUAUACCUACUUGUAUGAACUCUUGAGCCUUGGUGUGCCAUUCCUGUGUGCUCUUCUAGAAGUCCUUACUCAUAUGUACCGGGAAGCAGAGCUAUCACUUGAAAAUGUGCUUGAAUGGGUGAAAAAAUUCUAUAGGGUUUGCCGCUGCCUGCCUGCAGCUGGUGAGCCCACCUCCCCGAAGAAGGUGAAGAGCAUCCCCAAGCACUGUGACUUGGAAAGCUGGUUCUCACCCCCUUCCCCCGAGUGGUCCACCGUAAGGGUCAUUCCCGAGGAGGAGAUGACUGAGCACAACCUUCUCGCUAUCCGAGUGAUGGUCACCAGUGAUGCAAGCAGCUCUGAGAUGGAGUCUGAUUCUAAUGGAGACUCUUCGAACUCGGAGGUGGAUGAAGGAUGGACCUCGCUGCUGGAGCCCCCCGCCUGCCCAAGCCCCAUCCGGAGGUGGCCAUUUCUUGCCAGGAGCCCUGCAGUGCCAGAGGAAAGCCCCAAGACAUCCAAAGUUGCUGAUGCACUACAGAGAGCCAACAGUUUUCACUCCACAGCAUUAAAUAAGUAUCAGAAUUGGAGGAGAAAACUUCAAACGAGUUUCCCUCUGCUGUCCAGCAAGAAACCUGGGCUACGCUGGAAGGACAGCUCAGCCAGCUGUCAAAGUGGUCCCAGAGAAGAUCACUCGCAAACACAGUUGUCUUCUUACAAGAAACCACCCGAAGUUACAAGAGGACAUUUCAAACCCUGCAGCCCAGUAUUUCAAAGAAGAGAAAAAGACACAGAGAUGCCUGAAGACAUCUGUCUCUAUGUGCCACAUUAUUCUUUUCAGAGCAGCACCAGAGAUUCUCCAAGGACCCCUCCUGGGAAUGGAACACUGGCUCCUGAUUUUCCUGAGGCUGAAGAUACAGACAGUGACAUUGGGCCAUGUAGAGCCCAGGGCUGGAAGGAAAAACCCCAUAAAUACACCCCUGAAGCAGAAGACUUUAACAGGAGGACAAAAGUGCUGUCAUCUCUGGAUUUGAAAGAGAAAGAUAACAAAAACACAAGGCAGCCAGAAGAAAAGCUUGAGCAAGAAUUAAAGGCUGCAAAAAAGAGGUUGGUUCUUCGUACUCAACAGCAGCCCUUGUCAUAUGAUUCAAACAGGGCGGAUUUAGGUGGAACCUGUCCAGGGUAUGAAAACAAAGGAGCACUGGGGACUUCAGAGAAGAAGGAUGCUCAAUGGAGAAGAGAUGCAUUCAAGCUAUCUGGUUGUCCUAUGCCUCUCUCACUUGCAGAUGAUCCUUCACCAGCUUUGGUAGUUGACACAAAAGGUGCUCUGAGGACCCCAGAUGCAGGUACAAGAGAGCACACAGCUGGCCGACCAAAAUCACCACUGAGGGUCAUAGCCAAUGCGAUCAAGAGGUCCAUUUUGGAGCCUCUAACCUCAUCUCCAGAGGGACUAAAGCAGGACUCAGAGAGCAAAGUCAAAGCCUCUUCAGAACAAGCUAUCUUCAUCUUCCCUACUCCUGGCUAUUCCCUAAGUCAAAGGAACAGUAACAAUAAUAAAGCAAAUAACACUAAGACACAGGAGCUUAGAGUAAGGGAGUUGGCAGGAGAGCAUUUAGGAAAUCGGAGCCCUGUCUCAAAUCCACCUCAUUUUUCUGUUGGCUCUGAAAAAAAAGCUCUAAGGAAUUGCAGUGAGGAGGUAUCCUUCCCAGUCUACAAUCCCCAUACCAGGUCUUCCAAGGCAACCAAUACACCUCAGAAAUCUUCUUGCACUAGGAUGGAGGAUGUUCCAGGACUUCUAGAAAAGUUUACUUUUAAAGAGACUCUUCCAGGGGCUCCCACGGAUGACAGAUUAAUCUGUAAUGAAAAGUACCUUUUUCUUUCAUCUCCAGAGCCCAAGAAUAGCUCUAAGGACAAUCUGGAUGACUCUGCACAGAAGGGUAGUCUUGGGUCACUCUUUGAUAGACUGAGAAGUAAACUUCGUGACAAGGAAGGGAAUUCCUUUGUGUCAUCUCUGCCUUUCAGGAAGGACAAUUCUCCAGAAGACAGGCUCCUUUAUCCUUCCACAGGAUGUGAACAUCUACCUGUCAGAAAACAAGCUACCGAGUAUUCUGCUUCUGAUGAUGAUGACGAUGAAUUUGAAUCCAAGCCUUCAUUAACACACAAGGCAAAAAGGACUCUCAGAAGGAGAAGGAAGCUGGAGAAGGAAACAAAGCAAUUGAUUAAACAAGAGGAGCUGAAGAGGCUUCACAAAGCACAGGCAAUCCAGCGCCAGCUAGAAGAAUUGGAGGAAAGACAAAAAGCUCUGGAGAUUUUUGGUGUUAAACUGGAGAGAGAACUAAGAGGAGAAUCAGAUUCAGGCACAAAGGAUGAAACUCAGAUGCUACAUGAAUGGUUUGAGCUGGUCUUGGAGAAGAAUAAAUUAAUGCGUUAUGAAUCUGAGCUCCUGAUUAUAGCCCAAGAGCUAGAAUUGGAGGACCACCAAAGCAGGUUGGAACAAAAACUGAGAGAGAAAAUGGCCAUUGAUGAGAACCUUAAAGAUGAGAUGGAUCUGAAUGAGGAGGAUGAGAUUUUUACUGAGAUGAUGAAAGUGGUUGAAGAAAGGGACAAACUCGUGUCUGCCUUAGAGGAGCAGAGAGUGAAAGAAAAAGCAGAAGACCAGCACUUUGAAAGCAUUAUAUUAUCUAAAGGCUAUCGGCUGAGCAGGAUUUAAACAGACACAAGCAAAUACACAUUAUUUCAGCAAUAUUUGUAAACAGGGAGAUACAGCUUUCUGAAAAAAUGAAUUAAUUUGAAUGUAACAUCAGUUUAUUUGGGAAACGUGUCAUUUUGUUAUCAAAAGCUCUUAAGCAGUACUUUUGCUCAUACUGGGAGGAGUCCAUUCACUAUCAGCUUAAAAGACCACCAGAACACAGGACUGAAUUUACCUGUCUGUUGGGUGUCAGGGUCUGUGAAAGGGAAAUGAGAACUCUUUUGUUUUCUUGGAAUUUUAUUUCAAUGCUGAGAAUAGGUUUCCUGAGAAACAUGAUGACAUCACUUAGCAUUUUUCAGAUGGCAUUGCUUCCAUCUGUUUGUCUGAAUCUGUAUGUGGUUUUGUUAAUAUUUUGGCACAGCCAACCCAUAUUGAACUACUUAAAGGUCAGACAGCAAGCAUCUUGUAUAAAAAUGAGGUUGCUGGUGGAGGAAGGGUCGUUUGACUAAUGACUACAUGUUAAGCACUCAUUAAAACUACUGUAAAUACAAUGUCAGCAAUUAAUUUUCCAGGUAUUUAUAAGAUUUACUGCACUGUAUAUUUUGAACAAGAAGUUGAAGCAACAUUAAAUCUCUACGUUUUGUAAAAUGGUAAGGGAUUAUCAAAGCAGUGACUACCCUGAAGACUGUUACAUGCUCAAAAAAUCUUUUGUAUGUCACAGAUUAAGCUCUUCUCUAAAAUAUGCUAACUGGUAAUUUAAAAAUACAAUUCCUGGAUAAAAUACAUCACAAAUAGUAUCAUAUGAUGUGCUAAGUGGUGUAGCAGUUAAAGAUCUCAUUGAGAAUAAUUCCUCAAAAGAGAUGUAAAAAAUCUGUUUGUAAUCUUAACAUCUGAUAGAAAAUGUUAUGGGUAUAUUUAAACUACAUUUAUUUUGCUGCUCAAGAUUAUGUAUGCCUAUUUUUUUGCUUAAAGGAACCGUCUCCUGUCUUUUUUGUAUAUCCAUCUGUAGAUAUUGGCAAAGUAGAUGUGCAGAAAUUCUCCUUAGUAUUUGCUGUAAUUUGGGUACUUCCUUAAAUCUGAGAUAAUUCUGCAAUUUAAGAUUGGUAGUAUUCCCAACUGUAUGUAUGAUGCACUACAUUUUCAAACUGAAAAAAAACCAAGGAGCAACUAAAACUGUUUCUUUCUGAAUAUCAUUUUACCUCAUGCUCUGAGAAGAUUUGAUGUUCUCAUUAUUUCAUGAAUGGUGCUAAUUUGCAACAGUUGCCUAUGGUACAGCCAAAGCUAGAAGCAUUCCUGUGACAAAAGCUUUAAACUAAAAAACCUCUUGGUAAGUACUUGUAGGGUAACAGACACUGGAUCUCAUCAUGAUAAUUUAUGAAUGAAAUUAAGUUUUUGCUGUCUUGUAAGAAAUUUAAAAUACAGUUUCUAAAGAUAAAAAAAAGAUUUUACUAUUGACUACAGAUAAAUAAUACACCUCUGUUGGUGCCAGGAACACACUGCUGUUCUGCAAUAUUUAUGUAUUUUUAUUUCUAUAUUAGACCUUUAAAAGGAUAAAGGUGUCUGUUUACAUUUUACAGUUUGGAUGUUGUCUCUGAUUUUGAUUGAUAAAUGUGUAUUUCUAACAGCAAUGUAUAGGUAAGGCUGUGCGUAGUAGAGUAGAUAACUUUAUCAUUUGGUAAAUAAUUACUAAUAAAAUAUGAAUUAAGAUUUUUAAACAAUGUUCUUAGCUACCAUAACUUGGAGGGAUACCCUUAAAGCAUAGCAUGUAGGGCUUUAGCAAUAUAAUUUGUCUUUCAUUGCAGUGGAAAGACAGCAGAAUCCCUGAAUGUGUUCCAAAAUUACCAUUGGAUAUUUUUUUUUCCUCUCAUUCAUGAGCUAAGCCUACCUGAUCUUCCAAUUAAAUUAUUAUUGAGAUGGAUUGCAGUGACUGAUUUUUAAACUGAUUCUAUUAAUAAUGUUUGCCACAAAGUAGAAGCAGGCAGCAAUAAAUAUUUUAAUUUUCUCUGUUAAGAUCAGUUGGCAUUUCCACUUUUGUGGAGAAAAUUUCUGGAUUUUAUCACUGUUGCCAGAAGCCUCAUGUAAUCCCACAGAACAAGACCAUCUAGAACAUGCCACAGUUUUCUGUAGAAAAUGGAGAGUCAUAAUGCUUUGAAGGUUUUUUUGGAAAGUUUUAAAACAAACAUCUUGGUGCUUUGCACAGGAGAGGAAUUCAGCACAGAAACCUCCAGUUAUAUCAGGCAAAGAUUGGUUUUUUUCCCCUCACUUCUACAAUCUAAAAAGUUCAUCAACCUUAGUGUUGCUGCCAUACAAAAAGGAAGAGGAAGGACAGAAAAACAUGAUGCUCCCAGCCAUGAGGAAGAGAUGGCUUCUACUACAGUCCAGCCUCCUUGCCCCGGAGAGGUGCACUUAGUGCAAUCGGUCAGGUUCAGGCUGCUCUGAACUGGAUGUAAGCCCAGAGAUUUCAGUUUACAGGAGAUACUCAUUCAGCUACAACACCAAAAGUGAAAGAGUCCUUUCUUUUCAGCUCCCAAGAUUUGAGUUUUUGAGAGUAUUAAAGUCAAUAGAAGUUGAGGGCUGUCAGCAUUUUAUGGACCUCAAAAAUAUGCUUUGCUAAAAAGAUAUUUUCCUGGAUGCCAUGUGGUCAUAACACAUGCUCCACCCAAAACUGCAGGUCUCCUCUCAGUCCAUUCUCAGGUGGAAAAAGCCAACAGGCCGCUGUUACCCUGCCUGCUAUCAAGUACCUCACAAGAUUAGAUCCAAAAUUGAACUCUGCAGGUGAUUUAGAAAAAUAAGGAACUCUCAAGUCCUUUAAAGCAGGUCUGUAUAUAUCAUAAAAGAAGAGAAGAAGGAGAAAAACCCCAGAAGCUAAGAGCACUGUUUGAGGGUCAAUUUAAUAUGGUUGGCUUGUAUUAGAAAUUUAUUUAAACAUUGUUUUGGUUAUGAGUCUUCUUGCUGCUCAAACUUUUCUAUAAAUUGACUCAUGAACUGAAAUAAUUUAUUCAUUUUUAAGUCCUUGGCACUGUCAUUGUUGGGUAGAAUGUAUGUGCUGGAAUGUAUUGACUGUAUCUAAAUGGACUGGAU